AUGACGGCGAUCACGGCAAGCGGCGAUGGGCGAAACGCUCAUGGCCAGGCGUAUAAAGAUAAAAGUAAACCAACAGACAUUCGCAGUAGCAACAUUAAUGCCGCAAAAGCUGUGAGUGAUGCAAUUCGCACAAGUCUUGGUCCUAGAGGAAUGGAUAAAAUGGUAACAUUUGAUAAAUCAGUUAUUCAUUUGUUCCUUGUAGAUACACUUUUAGUUGAAUUAUCCAAGGCACAAGACGUCGAGGCUGGAGAUGGCACUACCAGUGUCGUUGUCAUAGCUGGUUCUCUUUUAGAAGCUGCAGAACGUUUGUUACAAAAAGGAAUUCAUCCUACAUUGAUCAGCGAUGCUUUCCAAAAAGCUGCAACGAAAGCUGUAGAGAUACUUACAAAUAUGUCAAUACCUGUUGACUUGCAAGACAAACAAUCACUGAUCAGAGCUGCAGCAACCUCCCUAAACUCAAAAAAUAUAAAAGUAAUUAAAAAGUUAGGAGGUACAGUUGAGGACACUGAACUUAUAGAGGGAUUGAUAUUCACACAAAAAUCUUGUAACGUCAAUGGACCAAAGCGCAUUGAAAAAGCGAAAAUAGGUUUAAUUCAAUUCUGUAUUUCUCCGCCUAAAACAGACAUGGAUCAUAAUGUAAUCGUAUCCGAUUACGCUGCAAUGGAUCGUGUUUUGAAAGAAGAAAGAACUUACAUAUUAAAUAUCGUGAAACAAAUCAAAAAAGCUGGUUGCAAUGUACUCCUAGUACAGAAAUCCAUUCUUCGCGACGCUGUCAGUGAUCUAGCUAUACACUUUUUAGAUAAAAUCAAAGUUAUGGUGAUUAAAGACAUCGAGCGCGAAGAUAUUUCAUUCGUAUGUAAAACGUUAGGUUGUAGACCAAUCGCAUCAUUGGAUCAUUUUGUCGCUGAAAAUCUUGUUAACGCAGAAUUAUGCGAAGAAGUACAAACUGGAAAUUCUAAGUUUGUUAAAAUUACUAAAAUACAAAAUCCUGGACCAACAGUAACAGUUCUUGUACGGGGCAGCAAUAAAUUGGUCUUGGAAGAAGCAGAACGUUCAUUGCACGACGCAUUGUGUGUAGUACGCUGUCUAGUAAAACAGAAAGCUUUAAUUGCUGGAGGAGGAGCACCUGAGAUAGAACUUGCACUAAAAUUAGGAGCAUAUGCUCAAACUUUAACUGGUGUUGAUGCUUAUUGUAUUAAAGCGUUUGCAAAUGCGUUCGAGAUAAUUCCAUCGACACUAGCAGAAAAUGCCGGAUUAAAUCCCAUUGCAACUGUAACGGAACUUCGAAACCGACAUGCCAAGGGCGAACAUACUACAGGAAUUAAUGUGCGAAAGGGUUCAAUCACCAAUAUUUUGGAAGAAAAUGUGAUUCAACCACUUUUAGUUUCUACAAGUGCUAUUACACUUGCUUCGGAAACUGUUCGCAGCAUAUUAAAGAUUGACGAUAUCGUGAAUACAAAUCAAUAAUUUGUAAUAUAUUUCACAUUUAAAUUUUUUUCUCGAUUAAAGAAAUGCCACUUUAUAAUAUCUUUGCAAUUUGCUGAACUAAUAAUAAAAUCAAAGCGUUUAACAUUUUCAAUUUCUCUUAUUAUUGAAGAAUAAAGUCAAUGUGCUUUCAUAAAAGAAUCUGUUUUAUAUUCCUCUCAUCGUUAUAUUAAUUAUAAUAAAAUAUUUAAUGUUAUAACAAUAAUUAGUUUUCUAACAAGAUUUGAAUAUCAAUGUUACAAAAAAGGUUACAAUGUUGAACAAAAUAUAUAGAAGUACAAAAAUUAAAUUUUAUUAUUCUUACAGAGUAUAUAA